AUGGCCGCAACAAGCACUAGCAGCGUCAAGACGUGCAAGGACCUGGACUUUGCGACAAAUCUGAAAGCCAUUCCGCACAUUGAGGCGGCCGAGAAAAGUUCGACAGUGGCAGACGACUUUGCGAUUCCUCGGAGCAUUCUAAGCACCUUGUUAAAAAACAAGGCGGACAUAAAGUCAAAAGCGGCGAAGCAACGAACAUUAAGAGCUUGUCGUGUGCACGCUCCUGCCCACGAAAAAAUUGAAAAGGAGAGCAUGGUUUUUAGAGGUCCGGGCAUGAACAUUCUGGUGGAUGGCCCAAUGCUUAAGGUUGACCUGCUGGGGGCCAUUCAAAUGAUGAAGGACGCUUGGAGAGGCGUGAAGCCGGAUACCGUGGCCAACUGCUUCCAGAAGACAGGCUUCCUGAUGGCGGAACUUUCCGAAACCUGUGAAGGUGACGAGUGCAUAGAUGACGCGUUUCGCAAGUUGUCGUCCCUUUUCCCUGCUGCUGUUCCAGCCAAAGUGUCUGCUGACUAUUUUGUGAACGUCGACAGCAAUGUUCAGGCUAUUGCGAGCCUCACUGAUAAAGAAAUUGUAGCUGCAGUCGCAGGGACCCAAGCUGACAGCUUGAGUGGCGAUGAAGAUCGUCUGGACGAAGACACAGAAACAGACGAAUGCUCUGUGCCUGAAGACCCAAAUGCCGCAGCCGCCAUGCAGCCUGAGUGGAUCUGCACGCUGAUGCAGCCGCCAUUUCUGAUCGGCUCUCCAGCGCAACAGUUCCUGGGCGACUACUUUGCCGAUGGGGUUGGAAUGAGUCCCUCCUCCGAAGGUCCCAAGGCUCCCGAAAGGACUACACGACAACAGAAUGGCGCCAGUGACUUCGAUGGCACCACCAGCAACUGCUAUCUUGAGCCAGGGCAGCUGGCACAACUGCUGCAGCCCUUCUACCGCCCCGGGGAGAAGGGCAAGGCACUGUGCUUCCGCCCGGACAUCAUGGAGACCUACGAGAUGGAUGCCUUCCCAGAGUAUGCACGAGAACAGGUGAUGUACCUAGGUGUGCGCAAUGUGGUGCUUGCACUGUGGGCCCUGCGGCCCCAUGCAUGGCUUGACCUGAAAUGGGUGUCGCGACACCUUUUGUGCCGGGGCCUGGCACGCAUCCGGUGCCUGUUGGAGGCGCACAGGGUGCUCCGGUUCUUCACCGCGCGGGGCCUCAUCAACCACGGCGCACUGCCCUCGCUGCGAAGCUGCCCGCCGCUGCCUCCAUCUUGCCGAGAGAAGCGUGUGCUAGUCGUAGGUGCGGGUCCUGCGGGCCUGUCGGCAGCACAGCACCUGCACCAACUGGGCAUGCAGGUGACCUUGCUCGAGGCCUCAGACCGAAUCGGGGGCCGAGUGCGCGAUGACACCUCCUUAGGCAUCUGUGUCGGCAUGGGGGCCCACAUCAUCACAGGUGUCACCAACAGCCCGCUGACGACGUUGUGCCUGCAGACUGGCCAUGGCAUACGACUCAUCCGCGACCACUGUGACCUGUACACGACCAACGGUCACAUCGUGUCGUCUGAGCGGGACCGCCAGGUCGAGUUUCACUUCAACGCCAUGCUGGAUGCUGUGGCGCAGUGGCGUCUAGGGCAGACCAAGGAUAUCUGCCUCUUUGACAAACUCAUGGAGAUCCACGAGGGCUUCUUGACAGAGAGACAGAUGAUCUUCAGUGACGAAGAGAACAAUGUGCUCCAGUUCCACAUUGGCAACCUGGAGUAUGCGUGCGGUGCGCCACUGAGUGAGGUGUCGGCCUUGCAGUGGGACCAGAACGAGCGCUUCCCCCAGUUCAGCGGUCAGCAUGCGCUGGUCCCGGAUGGCUUCGGCUGCCUCCUGCAGGCCCUGGCGGAAGGUCUCGACAUCCGUUACGGUCACAAGGUGACGACAAUAGACUACGGUUCUGAGGAAGGUGGCGUUCAGAUCUUUACGGAGCGGUCUGCCACCCAUAACGGCAAGGAGAAAGAGGAUGAAAAGUUUUCGGCCGACUUUGCUCUGGUGACGGUGCCAUUGGCCAUCCUGCAGCAGAAGGAGAUCCAGUUCUCGCCGCCUCUGCCCAAGGACAAAAUGGGCGCACUCAUGGAUUUAGGUGCAGGCGUCAUUGAAAAGGUGGCCCUCAAGUUUGCUCGGCCCUUCUGGUCCGCUCAAGUGAUGGCCGCAGACUUCUUCGGCCACGUGCCGUCGUCCCCCGAGCAGCGCGGUCUCUUCAGUGUCUUCUUUGACCUCAGCCCCCGGACACAGCCCAAGAUGAACCCAACAUAUGUCCUGAUGACCUACGUGAGCGGCAAUGCCAUUAACCUGAUUGCAAACAAGAAGGAUGAUGAGGUGGUGUCCAUGUGCAUGGAUGUGCUGCGGGGCAUUUUUCACGACCAGGAAGUGCCCGACCCGCAGGGCUACACUUUGACCCACUGGCGGGACAGCCCCUAUUCCUACAUGGUGUACAGUUAUGUGCGCUGUGGGGGCUCGGGCAAGGCAUACACGACGCUGGCCGAGCCACUGGCUGAUCGGCUCUUCUUCGCUGGCGAGGGUACGAGCCGGAUGUUUCCACAGACCGUGAGUGGUGCGUACAUGAGUGGACUGCGGGAAGCCUGGAAUAUUCUUCGCCGCCUGCCACUGGGCCUCGAGCCCGACCUCAUGCUGGACGUCUGAGCCCGCCACCGAGCCGGCUCUUUGUUGAAGCAUGCAAAAAAAUGUGUGGUGCUCUCGAAUCAAGCUGAGGGCUACACAGAUACCUGCAAGAAGUCGUUAGAUGGUAUAUGUCGGGAACAAAAAAAAUUUUAAGCUUGAAUAUUGCCCGAUAUACUUGCCAACUUGUGCUAGGGAAUGCUACGGACGCUGCUGAGCAGCACUGCUCGCGGGAGCAAAUUAAAAU